ACUUGUCUCUCAGAGCCUUGUACUUCUUGUUUCUGAAGCCUGAACUACUCAUCUCUCUAACAGCCACCAUGGUUCAAUGGACAGCCGAAGAGAAGGCGGCCAUCGCCACCGUAUGCAACAAAAUUGAUCUGGAACAUGAUGGUGGAGAUGCCUUGGGAAGGCUGCUCCUGGUCUACCCCUGGACCCAGAGGUAUUUCAGUUCUUUCGGAGCCCUGUCCAACGAAAAAGCAAUUUAUGGAAAUGCCAAAGUACAGGCCCACGGCAAGAAGGUCCUGGCAGCUCUUAACAAAGCAGCCCACCACUUGGAUACCAUUAAGGCCGAUCUCCGCGACCUCAGUUACAGCCAUGCCAACACACUUCAUAUAGAUCCAGAGAACUUCAGACGUUUUGGUGAAGUGUUCGUGAUUGUUCUGGCUGGAAAAUUAGGAUCCUCUUUCACUCCAUCAGUCCAAGCCGCUUUCGAGAAAUUCUUUGCAGUUGUUGUCGAUGCUCUGAGCCACGAAUAUCACAACUGAUUUUACCCCUACCUAUUAUUGCAUGUUUACAAGAAAAUAUGUAAUUAUAUUUGAAAUAAAACCCUUGUUUCUUAGUCA